AACACAAUUCCAAAAGUAGAAUCGAGAAUGAAUGGUUGGAAGUGGAUAUUGGGAGUAGAAGAGGCGACACCAGAAUGGAGAGUCCUCUGUUGGAUGACAGUGAGACGGUGGACGGAGCAGUUGAUUACAGUGGCCGGCCAGCCCACAGAUCCAGUUCCGGCGGCUGGAGAUCCGCCUCAUUCAUCAUAGGAGUGGAGGUUGUGGAGAGAUUUGCCUACUACGGAGUCAGCUCCAACUUGAUUAACUUCUUGACGGACCAGCUCCGGCAGUCGACGGCCACCGCAGCGGAGAAUGUCAACGCCUUGUCCGGUGCAGCCUCGCUGCUCCCUCUUCUGGGGGCCCUUGUCGCCGACUCCUUCCUCGGCCGAUAUCCCACCAUCCUUCUUUCCUCUGCCCUCUACAUCUUGGCUCUUGGGCUGCUCACUGUGUCUGCAACAUUUCCUUCUCCCACCAUCUCUGCUUCCCUACACACUGAACAAGCUUCCCCCAGUGCAGCCCAACAAAUUUUAUUUUUCUCCUCCUUGUAUCUGAUGGCAGUUGCUCAAGGUGGACACAGGCCUUGCGUCCAGGCUUUCGGAGCCGAUCAAUUUGAUGCCCAACAUCCACAAGAAACCCAGGCCAAAAGCUCUUUCUUCAAUUGGUGGUACUUUUGCAUCUCCCUGGCCACUUUUGUAACUGUUAACAUCUUGAACUAUGUGCAAGACAACCUUAGUUGGGUUCUUGGGUUUGGAAUUCCUUGUAUUGCCAUGCUUUUUGCGUUGCUGGUUUUCUUGCUUGGAACUAGGACGUACAGGUACAGCAACAGAGGAGCCGAGGAAAACCCAUUUGUAAGGAUUGGACGGGUGUUUAUCACAGCACUGAGAAAUUGGCAUCUGAGUCCUUCAGAGAUGGCUCAUGAACAGGAAACCCCUGUCCUUUUGGCUCACCGUACUUCUCAACAAUUCAGGUUUCUGGACAAAGCUUUAGUUGUUCCUCAUGGUUCAAAGGAAGACAGUCUCGUAUGUAGUGUCAGUGAAAUUGAGGAAGCGAAAGCAGUACUUAGGCUUGGUCCCAUAUGGGUUACAUGCUUAGCAUAUGCUCUUGUGUUCUCUCAGGCAUUCACUUUCUUUACAAAACAAGGAGUCACAAUGGACAGAUCAGUAGUUCCGGGAUUUGAAGUACCGGCUGCAUCACUUCAAUCCUUCAUCGGUCUGUCUGUUGUCAUUUUCCUCCCGAUAUACGAUCGAAUACUCGUCCCAAUCGCAAGAACUCUCACUGGGGAACCUUCUGGAAUCACAAUGCUACAGAGAAUUGGAAUUGGGAUGCUAUUAUCUGCCCUCGCCAUGGUCAUUGCUGCGUCGGUCGAGAUAAAAAGGAUCAACACAGCUCAAGAAUAUGGACUGGUUGAUCUGCCGACGGCGACGGUUCCUUUAAGUGUUUGGUGGUUGGUUCCUCAGUAUGCGCUGAUUGGAGUUGCAGAUGGUUUCACCAUGGUUGGGUUGCAGGAGUUUUUCUACGACCAGGUUCCGAGUGGGCUAAGAAGCAUCGGUCUGUCCCUGUACCUGAGUAUUUUUGGGGUUGGCAACUUUCUAAGCAGCUUCCUCAUCUCUUGCAUUGAUAAGUUAACCAGUGGUGAUGGCAAAGAAAGUUGGUUUGACAAUAAUCUCAAUAAAGCUCAUCUUGAUUACUUCUAUUGGUUGCUUGCUGGGCUUAGUGCCGUCGGAUUGGCUGCUUUCCUAUGUGCUGCAAGAACUUACAUCUACAAGGGGAGUACCACUUGAAUUCCACUACCUUGGAGCAAAGCUUUGGGAUUGUAAAUGCAUUGUUGUGUAUUAAAAUGGAUCGGUUUCAAACUUCGUCUCAUCUCUGGAAUUUGGCGUUUACUUUGACUACAGAUUUCCAAGACUGUUAUUUGUUUAUAGGACUUGGUCAUAUUCUCAGA